AUGGAGGCGAUGCCCUGCCACAACCCGCGGGUGGGCUCUGGCGGCGGGCCGGGCCGGCAGCUCCGCUUUGCCGAGCGCGAUGGCGACAGCAGCCCCAGCCCGGACAGCAGCGACGGCAGCACCGGCUGCUGCUGCUCCGGCAGCAAUGGCGGGCCCUGCGCGGAGGCGCCGCUGCUGCCCCCGCCGCCGCCGCCGCCGGGAGCCCAGCUCAAGCUCCUGCCCAUGAACGACCAGAUCCGCGAGCUGCAGACCAUCAUCCGCGACAGGACAGCCAGUAGGGGUGACUUCGUCUUUUCUGCUGAUCGCCUGAUCAGGCUUGUGGUCGAAGAGGGAUUGAAUCAACUGCCAUACACAGAAUGCACAGUAACCACUCCAACAGGGUACAAGUAUGAAGGAGUGAAAUUUGAGAAGGGGAACUGUGGAGUCAGCAUAAUGAGAAGUGGGGAGGCGAUGGAGCAGGGUUUGCGUGACUGCUGCAGAUCCAUCCGAAUAGGAAAGAUCCUGAUCCAGAGCGACGAAGAGACCCAGAGAGCCAAAGUGUAUUAUGCAAAGUUCCCACCUGACAUCUAUAGGAGAAAAGUCCUCCUCAUGUACCCUAUACUGAGCACCGGCAACACUGUGAUUGAGGCUGUAAAGGUGCUUAUAGAACAUGGAGUGCAGCCGAGUGUCAUAAUCCUGCUGAGUCUGUUCUCUACACCCCAUGGUGCCAAAUCAAUCAUCCAGGAAUUCCCAGAUAUCACUAUUUUAACGACAGAAGUUCAUCCUGUUGCACCAACACACUUUGGACAGAAGUAUUUUGGAACAGACUGAAGUACUUAAUCAGUGUGUCUUUUAUUAUUGUAUGAUAUACUUUUUUUCUACAUUUUAUAAUUUGAAGUGGAGGUAUCUG